AUGGCUUCAAACGCCACAGGACACGUGCUGGGCAACUUCCAUGCGUACUAUAGCUUUAAUCCAGUGCGUGAGCGACUGCGAUUCAUGAACACAAAUAUAAUCAAUGCACUGCGACGAGAACUUCUUGUGAAUGAUCCUUCGAUGGCCAAAAGCGAAGUUACAUCAACUGUGCUGGACGUAGGCUGUAAUGAAGGCGAUCUGACUAUCGCUCUCUAUGACGCCUUGAACGGACGUGCCGAAGUCUAUAAUUCCAAUCAGAUUGACAAUGUGGCUGAAUUCGACCUCCGUAAUAUCAGCAUACUUAACGACCGCAUCCAGAAAGAAAAAAAGCAGGUGGAGUAUUCGAUCCUGGACAUGGGUGACUCAUGCCACCGCCGACGCUACGUUUGCGAGCUACAAAUUGACAGCAAACUAAUGGGCCGAGGUGAAGGCGUGUCAAAAAAGGUUGCUAAGGCUAAGGCUGCUGGAGCUGCUUUGCGAUUAUUGUUAAACUCGAAUGAUCAGAAACCAGAGGUACAGAAUGGGGAGACGUCAUAUCAUGGAAUUGCGCUUCCAUUGACAGAUGAAGAGCUCGCAACGAGGAAAGUCCUUUUGGUUCUUGGUGUGGAUAUAGAUGAAGACUUAAUCAAUCGCGCUGCAAAAAAAAACGUGCAGCUAACUAAGGGAGAUACAGUUCAUUUUUGCCACGUUGACAUUAUGACAAACAAAUUUUGCAAAACCAUCGCUGCGUUCACGGCGCUGAAUCAGCGUUCGACAGCAGAGCGGAAAUUCAAUCUCGUUACUUGCUUCAGCCUGACAAUGUGGAUCCAUCUAAAUCAUGGCGAUGAAGGACUAUGGAAAUUCCUGGAGACGAUAUCUGACAUGACCGAGCAUUUGAUUAUUGAACCCCAGACGUGGAAGUGCUACCGCAACGCUCAAAAACGAUUGAUCCGCAUGCGAGUUGACGUGCCCCAUUCUUUUCGCAAACUCAACGUGCGCAUGGAUGUUAUAGAACAAAUUGAUGCGUUUUUGCUCGCACCAGGCCGAUUUCGGUACAAAGCUCACUUGGGCAAGACCAAUUGGUCACGGAACGUCAUUCUUUAUAGCCGUAAGUUAGUGAUGGGGAUGGAUUACACGUCCUAA